GACAAAGCGUAAAAUAGGAAGACGACAGGCCCCCCCGACGCUGUCCAUCAAUGCCAGCUCGCGACACCAGGCCAGGCCUCCUGUGCAACUUAGUCUAAUCACGUGGCCUGCUGACUGCCGCUUGGGCCGCCGGGCAGACAAAAAGCCGGUUGAUGGUUUCCCUCUCCUCCCCUGUAGAUACAUGGGCUGUGCAAAACAGCACUGCAACUUCCAUCCUAUCAAUGUCUGUGGCUUCAACUAGACUGCAGUGCGACUCAAAGAUUUCUCCCACAAGCCUCACCACAGCGGUUGGGCAUCAUGGUUUGACAGAUGUGAUUACGUGCCCACCGCGGCGGCUAAUAACGCCACUAAAUCCAGCCUCGUCGAUCGCCAGCUAUAAAUCCUCCGUCGGCCGUCAGCUGCAGCCAACUUGUUAGUCGGACGGUCGCCAAUUAUGCUAGUAUAUGGGCCAUCUUUCCGGCCCGUCUGACACGAUUAAUGGAGAAGCUUCGCACUAGCUCCACGAGUACAAUGCCCGACGGCAUUACCAUCUAUGAGCGAGGAACCGGACCAUGGAUGGAAACUGGGGCGUCCUUACUAGACUUGGACCUCGAGCACCCGAAAAACUCGUUGCUUAUAUUCUCAAAACGCCAAACGUUGAAUGAGACGAAGUAUCUACGCCUCUUUACGGAUGAAUUUCAGCCUGUUAUUAGCAAGGACAUCAACGGGUCCCUGUUCUGUGAUGACAUUUUGGAUGAGAAUGACAAGCCUAUCAAGCAUGUCUCGUGGGCUUGUUAUAAGAUAAAACACGUCCGCGAUCCUCAUACGUAUGAAUGGAUCCAAACUACCGCCUUUGUGACCUGGUAUCCGGAAACCCAAAUACAGGUGGUCUUCAUUGUCGAUCAUCCAGAACCGCCCAGUGACCUGGUUGCCAUCCUACCCACGACUCAGGCAGACAGCAACCCUUAUGUUUGGCACGCUGUGAUUGCGACCACCAUGAUCGGUGUUUAUGAUAAUUCUUUCUGGGCGCUUCGAGAUUUAGUCCGGACCACUGAGAAGUCAAGAGUUGAUGUAAACAGUCUGACCCCCGACUUCUUCCCUCACUUGCACGAUAUUGCACGGCAUGUCUUUCACUCGAAUGAGACCCUCGAGGUCGCAGAACAUACCAUGCAAUGCUUGGUGGAGGAGCAGGCGCGCUCCUACGAGCUGUACCCCAAUGUCAACAAGGGCGAAUGGCUCCAGACCAAACGAAACCUACUUCGACGAGCCAAGAACUUUCACUCGCUGAAGAUCCGAAGUCGAUCGCUCUCGGAGCGGUUACACAACGAGAUUAACUUGGGAUUCAAUCUUGUCUCCCAACGAUUCGGCCACGACGCCAAGUCCGACAGUGCCAUGAUGCGGACGGUUGCGAUCGUUAGUAUGGUAUACCUACCGGGGACAUUUGUAUCGGGCUUAUUCGGAACGAAUUUCUUUGAUUACAAUAAUGGAAAGGAAGUCAUGACCAGUUCAUUCUGGAUCUAUUGGGCCAUUACUGUCCCUUUGACUCUGAUCACAAUGUUUAUCUGGGCCUGUUGGCAUUAUUAUCCGAAGAAGAGGGUGGUGGGGGAGGAAAGACAACGAAUGUCGACCUUUGUUGACGGGAAGGUUUGAUUUAUUUGUCUAUCUUAGACACAAUUUACGUGCAGAUGUGAUAUGAGUUACGAGUAUUUUCGGCAUGAGGUUAUGAAAUCUACGAUGAGAUAUCAAGCACAUCAAAUCAAUAAGAAGAUAGGUCUUUCUCGUGUUGUCUGAAUAGUCUCUCCCGAAGCAUGUUGCCAAUGUCUGCUGGCAUGAUAUUCUCCGUUUCCCGACUCCUCCUUUACCGUUGCAGAGUCUGAUUUGGUCAUGUUUGUUUAUUGAUCUACAUUGUCUGCACUAUUCACUAGUAUCGGUAUCCCCGCGCCGAUCAGCAGAGUCGAAUAAUUAUUGUCCGAAAAUCCCAACAUCCAACAUGCAUAGGCCUACUGUCAUGUCUAAUCAUCCAUAGGAUUAACUCG